AUGGCACCUUUUAAUUUUAAGAAAAAACUGGGAAGUAAAGAGAAAAAGUCACCAAGUUCCAGUUCGACGUCACCCUCUCUGACAUCAAACGCACCCAAAGACACAAAUGGCAGUCCUUUUCAAACUUACCUGGAAAAGCAACAACAACAGCAGCAGCAACCACAUAAACAUCUCAAUCAAAUGGCUGUUCCAAGGCAGCCUGAGCCGGAAAUAGAACGUAGGGAGCGUAUUCAACACCAACAGUAUCAACAUCAACAGCAGAAUCAGUAUCCAUCGACCCGUGUAUAUCCUACUCCACCACCUGCUCAACAACGCAAUGUCUCAGGAGCGUCUACCAAUCUCGCUCAAAAUCGUCGAGAAUAUACCCCCUGGAAUAGAAUAAAGCUUCAAAACUCACCCUUUCCACGUUAUAGACACGUUGCAUCCUCAUACAUAUCUGAUGAUAACCGAGUAUAUGUUAUGGGGGGUCUUCACGAUGAGUCAGUUUAUGGUGAUACAUGGAUUAUUACUGCAAAUGAAAAUGGUACGGCUUUUACAACAAAGACGGUAGAUAUCAGUGACUCGACACCACCGCCUAGAGUUGGUCAUGCUGCUACACUUUGUGGAAACGCAUUCGUGCUUUUUGGAGGUGACACACACAAAGUCAAUAGCGAGGGGCUGAUGGACGAUGACAUCUACCUAUUUAAUAUCAACUCUUACAAAUGGACAAUACCAAAUCCUAUAGGACCUCGUCCUUUAGGACGCUAUGGCCAUAAAAUAUCCAUAAUUGCCACAAAUCAAAUGAAAACAAAGCUAUAUCUUUUUGGUGGACAGUUUGACGAUGCGUAUUUCAAUGACUUGGCAGUUUACGACUUGUCAUCAUUCAGAAGACCUGAUUCUCAUUGGGACUUUUUAAAGCCGAGGACUUUCGUACCUCCACCAUUAACAAACCAUACCAUGGUUUCUUACGAGAAUAAACUAUGGGUAUUUGGUGGGGAUACUUUACAGGGAUUGAUAGAUCAAGUUUUCAUGUACGAUACAGCCACCAAUGACUGGUCUCUAGUUGAAACCACAGGUACAAAACCACCCCCUUUACAGGAACAUGCCGCACUCAUAUACAAGGACCUCAUGUGCGUGGUGGGUGGUAAAGACGAUCAAGAUGUCUACAUGAACCAUGUUUUUUUCCUUAACUUGAAAUCUUUGAAAUGGUUUAAGUUUCCAACUUUUAAGGCUGGUAUACCUCAAGGUAGAUCUGGACAUUCAGUCAGUCUCCUUCGGAAUGAUCAAUUAUUGAUAAUGGGUGGAGACAAAUUUGAUUAUGCUCGUGAAGCUGAGUACGAUCUAAGCACUUCUGAUACUGAUUUAGGCAAGGGCACUAUCCUAUAUACUCUGGACUUGUCUCGUCUAGAAGAUGUGUGUCCUAAAAUAUUUGAAACAACGGAACCUGUUACCAGUUUCAAUCCAACAACUCCCCCAACUAAUAAUUCAGGUGCUCAAAUGAGUAAUGUCAAGCAACCUGAACCCAUCUUAACACCAUAUUCAAAUGAGGCUUUGCGUACUCCAAUAAUCUCAAAAGAUGUGGCAACUAAUAUCGAAACACCUCAAAAUCACUCAACAGAAUCAAGCAAAACCAUCGAAGAAAUUAGAAGGCCAAGUGACAUCCAGAGAGCUGAUUCGGUAGUCACCCCUAAAGCGGAAAAUGUGAAGAAACCUGUGUCGCCAGUACCUGCUUUGGUUAUGGAAAAGAUUGAAUCUGUCUUGGAGACACCCCGAGUAGUAUCUCUGAGCUCUGAAAAUAAUCAUAGUGGACUAGAAAAUACCAAUACUGAGGAGGAGGAAGAGGAAGAAGUUGGCAGUGCGACUGUUGCAAGAUCACCUGUCAAAGGUGAUGUUAAAUACGAUUCACCAAAUUUGCAUACCACACAAAACUUUCUUCAUGACUCGGAAGAGCUUGUUAGAAUAGUAAAGCCUUCCCAUUCGGAUACGACUUUUUUUGAUGCAUCUCAGACAGAAAAAACAAAUGAUUCAAAAGAUACAGUGAAUGCUGAUAUUGUGAAACAGUUAAGAUCAGAACUAGAAAAUCUGAAACUUGAAACAGAAAAAACAGCUGCUGAGGCAGGACAAUACAUCAGAACAUUAGAGGAAAAGGUUGAGAGAUUAACUUCUGGCUUACCAAGUGAUCCACAUGAUGCAGAUGUACUGAAGCUACAAACUCGUAUCCAUGAUAUGACUUCAGAAUAUACAAAGUUGACAGGUCGCAUAUUUGAGCUUGAAUCAUUAGUCAAUGCAAAAUUUUUAGACGCUGACGCUCUGAACCAAAUUAUUAAAGAUCAAAGCUCAAAGCUUGAAGAGCUUGAAGGUGAUAUAUCACUGCGAGACGAGUUCGAAGAACUGAAAGGAAAAAAUGAAGCAGCCUCAAAGGAAAACGAAAUAUUAAAAGCAAGGCUUGAAGAAAUGAAGGCUGGUUUUAAAAGCGACGUAUCGAACUGUUCAAAACAGCUAGAUGUUUUAAUAUCUAGAUGGAAAAUAGAUUCGGCUAGAAACAUGGACCAUCAUGACGAAGAAACAAACACGCAUGAGAAAGGUUCAACAAUACUUCCUUUUGGUAAUGAUUUUACCCACCAAAAGGCAUUAAAAUCAGUUCAAGAAACUCUAGAUAAGACUCUAGAAGAUUUCAAAGAGUUACGGGAAUCCAAUCUGAAGUUAGGCUCUAAGCACGAAAAUUUGAAGAAAAGUUAUGAUGUGUUAGCAAAAGAAUACCAGGAGAAAAAAGAGGAACUAGAAAACAACUACAACGAAACGGUAAAUUCUUCGACAAAUAGCACAAAGGCACUUGAGAUGUCACAAAUGGAGCUAGAAAAAUACCAAAAGGAGAACAAAAAAUUGCGGGAAGAAUUGGAAGAACUAAGGUAUACUCAGGAUUUAUCAAAUGGUGACGUCUCAAUAAGCUCAGCUAAUGGAAAUAUGAGCAACAGCUCCACCAACCUCACUGGAGGACAACCUGACCUCAACUUGAAAUUCAACCGUUUCAAUAUGAAAAUCAAUGAUCUCAAGGCCGAGCUCUACAUAAUGCGCCAAGAGAGAGAUAACCUGAAGAAGGAGGUGUUAGACCUGAAGAAAAAACAGUUCCUACACGAAGAAUGA